GUUAGAUAGCAUGUUACCCGCUAUGUUUAUUUCAUUUAGAAAUAAAUAUAGCUAGAAAUAUUUAUCAACUAGAAUUCGAAUGUCCAAAUUCUUAGACGAGUGAAUAUAAGUGUUACAUCAAAAAAAAUUUGGAUGCAGAGUGCAGUAUGAGCAAAUCUGCGUGUAUAUCAAAUCAGGGAUUAAAUCUUCGAUUCCUUUUUUUUAAAAAAAGUUAUUGAAAAUUUAAUUUUUUCACGCUAGUGUUACUACAGUACUAUAUUUGUAAUAUUAAAAAUUUUAAAAAUUAUCGAAAUUUUUGGAUUGGAUAAGAUCAUCCAAAGAGUUGGUUUCACAAAUAGCAUUUCUCCACUCCAAUUGGCUAGGCUUCGAUUUGGGCUGUGGGGCAUUUAUUCGCGGCCUACACAAACGCAAAGAUGUUGAUUAUGCAGACACACAAUGUUUCCUCUCUAUCUCUUCCCUCCGGAGUUGUUUCUCUCCUGAUUUCUUUCUUCUGCAGUUUCCUUUGUGGUUUAUACGAGCGCUGAUGGAUUUCUCAGCUCUUUUAUCAGCUUAUGAAACUCAAAUGGACAGGUCAAGCACAUGCGAGGCUAUCUCAAAACUCGAAACUUGCACUCCAUAAAUUCAGUAUCAAUCGUAUCGUAGAUUAAGAGAUCUUAACUCGUGCAAAAAUUUGGGUUUUCGUAUCGUACCAUGAGAAUGACUUGUUGACCUCGGAUAAUCUAUUUACCUGUAUCCUACUAAGAUUUCCCAUUCCACCAACAAAGUAUUAGAUAUCAGCAGCAGCAUGAGCAGGUCUCCGCAGUCAUUUCGCAAACUCUCUGUUCUCGCCCGCAAGGUGUUUGUGAGAAUGCUUAGCUCAAAAUCCAAUGACCCUGAGGGUUUUACUGACCCCACAAAGAGGCUAUGCAAGAUCAUGCUGUCAUACCCGAAAUCGGGGCUCGAGCAUGCUCUCGACGAGAGCGGUAUCCGGGUCUUCCCCGACACGGCGGAGCGAGUCCUCGAGCGCUUCGAGAACGCCGGUAUGCUCGCCUACCGCUUCUUCGAGUGGACCCGAAAGCAGCACCCGCACCGCGGAUGCUCCCACACCGUCAAAUCCUACCACACCGUCAUCGCGGCGCUCGCGAAGAUCAGACAGUACCGGAUCAUGUGGGACGUCGUCGCCGCCAUGCGCCGCGACGGCCUCCUCAACGUCGAGACCUUCUGCAUCGUAAUGCGCAAGUAUGCUCGUGCGCAGAAGGUCGAUGAAGCAAUCUACACAUUCAAUGUCAUGGAUAAGUAUGGAGUUUCGCCAAACUUGGCCGCAUUUAAUAGCCUGCUCGGCGCAUUCUGCAAGUCGAAGAACGUGCGGAAGGCGCAGGAGGUGUUUGGCGAAAUGUUCGAAAGGUUCGAACCCGACGCAAAGACUUACAGCAUAUUGCUCGAGGGGUGGGGGCGGGCUCCGAAUUUGCCCAAGAUGCGGGAAGUUUACCGGGAAAUGAUCGACAGAGGGUGCGAGCCGGAUAUCGUCACAUACGGGAUCAUGGUCGAUGCCCUUUGUAAAGCCGGUCGGGUGGAAGAGGCGGUUGAUCUCGUUCAUGACAUGGGGUUCAGAGGUUGCCCGCCUACCUCUUUUAUCUAUAGCGUCUUGGUUCAUACUUACGGCGUCGAGAAGAGGAUAGAGGAUGCAGUUGCCACAUUCUUGGAGAUGGAGAGGAAUGGGAUUAAGCCGGAUGUCGCUGUGUAUAAUGCGCUGAUCACCGCUUUUUGUAAAGUAAACAGGUUUCAGAAUGCCUUUAGGGUCAUAGAGGAUAUGGAGAGUAAAGGAAUUAGUCCCAAUUCAAGAACCUGCAACAUCAUUCUGAACAGCUUGAUAAGCAUUGAGGAAUACGACGAGGCAUAUAAGGUUUUCCGACGAAUGAUCAAGCGCUGCGAACCGGACUCUGAUACGUAUACAAUGAUGAUAAAAAUGUUCUGCGAAAGUGAUAGAUUAGAGAUGGCUUUGAAAGUGUGGAAGUACAUGGGAAAGAAACAGUUUGUCCCGACCAUGCAUACGUUCUCUGUUCUGAUCAACGGGCUCUGCGAGAAGGGCGAAGUGAGCCGAGCUUGUGUUUUGCUAGAAGAUAUGGUCGAAAAGGGAAUUAGGCCUCCUGGUUCGACGUUCGGGAAGCUGAGGCAGUUGCUUCUGAAAGAAGGGAGAGAAGAUGUGCUCGAGUUUCUUGUCGAGAAAAUGAAGAAUCUGAUAGAAGAACCCUUAUGGGAUUGAUCCUGGAUUGGUGGAUGGUCAUACUAAGUUAUACUGCAAAGUUUUAUAGCUUAUGAAGCAGAACUCGAAAUGCGAAGAUGAAUGCAUUGCUCCAGAAGAUCUUCAGCUGAUACUUUCUGAAUCCUGAACUAUCUUUAUGGUCUUCUCACUAAUCCAUCCAUAUGUGCUGAUUCUUUCUGCAUCCUAAACUAUCUUUAUGGUCUUGUAGCUAAUCCAUACCUACAUGCGACGUGAUCGGAGCAACAACUGUAUCCUUGUAUGAAGUACAAAAUAUUGAAUUGAACCCAAAAUCCAUGCUUCUGCGGUUCACGGUCCGACGCGGUGCACCGGGUGCACAGCAAAAGCUUUUCCCCAUCGCAUGCUCUCGAGAUAAAAGACGACGGCGAAAAGCCGAAGCCCCCACGUCCCAUUCAUUCCCACCUUCGCUUUGCGCUUUCCAGUUUCCACCCACCUCACACCAAAAAAGGAAAGCAAAGCAAAGCUAAGCUAUUCCCAACGCCUCUCUCUAUUUCUCCUCUCCUUCACCCACCCGUUUCCUCUUUU